AUUACCAGAUGUAUUCUCCGUUUUACAGGCAACGAGCCUUGUAAAGCUUUUACCUUCUUGCCUAAAAUUCGAAGAUAUCCACCUCUAUCAAGAGCGCUUUGCGAGACUUUCAGACCCAGACAGUCUACCUUUUGACCGACGGGUCACUAAAUAAAGAAGAUAGAUCAAUCAGAAUCGAGCAGUAAAAAGUGACGUCACUGCCUGUGAUAAAAACGGUAUCUUAUUUUUCUUUUUGCGUAGACCAUACCGUUUGUGAUCAGGGGAGGUGAGUAAUGUUUGAUCCAAUUGUUUUUGUGAUACAAAUCGCCGCCAAGUUAAAAGAACUACUAUUAAACAGGUACCACAUUAGACAGGACUGCUGUGAAUGACUCCUGGACGAUUGUUUUCUUUCAGACAGACACUCUAAUAAGAGGUUUCGCCUAAACUUUCUGACUACGUCAUCAUAGCCGCAGCAUCCUUAAAAUGCAGCCUAUGGACAUGACAGGCUUUAUCUUAUUUUACUGAUAUCUUUCUACUGUGAAGACGAUGGUCACAGUAACGACUCUUCGACUUGCCAUAUCAUCUGUUUUUCUGAUAUUUAGCUCUUAUUAUGUGACUGCAACAGUUCCAUGUAAUGGGAAUGGUCAGCCUCAGAAGAAAUGUGCUCAGUCAUGCACAACAGGAUCUUGCUGUGCACAGGGAAUUCCAGGCUCUCCCGGUUCCGCGGGACCGGCAGGUGUUGCGGGUCCACCAGGCGCUACUGGUCCCCAGGGCCCCGCCGGGUCACCAGGAGUGAAUGGAUAUCCAGGAGGACCAGGCCCAGCGGGACCGCAGGGAACUAAAGGCCCUCCUGGACCUCAUGGAGGUAACUGGAAACAGUGUGUCUACAACAACCUGAGAGACGAAAGAGAUAAUGGGCUAAUCACGGUGUGUGUUUUCAAGAAGAAUUCAAAUAAGACUGGUUUGCGAGUCUUUUGGAACGGUGCGUUUCGUAUCUACAACUGCAACCAUUGCUGCAAGAGGUGGUAUUUCACCUUUAACAGUGCUGAAUGCAGUGCACCCUUACCUAUCGACGGAAUAGCUCACAUGCGUUCUGGUGGCCCACCAAAUCCGGUGAAAGACAUUCACCGGGUUCGCCACAUCGAAGGAGUGUGCGAGAAAGUUCCAAUGGGGGUGGUGCGAGUGGGGUUGAAUCUCGGAAACUGUGGCUUGAAUAUCAGUCCUGGUGACGCCAACACUGGCUUUAAUUCAGUGUCCCGGAUCUAUAUAGAGGAAGUCCCGCCUCCGCAGGACUAACCUCUUCAAGGUGACACGAAGCAAGCUGUAGUUAACAAAUGGUAAACAC